GUCCCGCAGUUUGAAAAAGAGAGAAAGGAAUUAGGGAAGGGAGAAGAGAAUAGUACAAGAGAAACCGGACAAUUUAGUGGACUGACGACGACGUAGCGAGCGGCUUGGGUUGUGUGAUUCGGACGGCAAUUCGUCUCCCCGGUAUAGCAGCGUUUACAGGACAAGGAGAGCAAGUAGCAUUGUGAGGAAGAGGAGGGCGAUCGCACGCGCGACUCGCGAGUGUGGCGGCCGGCUGGCUGGCACGUUCUCGUCGUCGUCGUCGUCGUCGUCGUCGUCAUAAUCGCACAGUCCGUUGUCUUCACUCGUUACGCGUCUAGUUGAGCAAGGAGCGCACACAGCGGACCUGAGCAGACCACGCGACCGAGCGGAACGGGCGAGAGCGGACCCAACAAGCGGAGCAACUCAGCCACAGCUACGACGAGCCCGUCACGAUGAGUUUUCUAUUUGGGAGUAGGUCUUCCAAGACUUUUAAACCAAAGAAGAACAUCCCAGAGGGUACUCAUCAAUAUGACCUGAUGAAGCAUGCCGCUGCUACAUUAGGCUCCGGUAAUCUGCGAUUGGCCGUAAUGCUUCCUGAAGGAGAGGAUUUGAACGAAUGGGUCGCUGUUAAUACUGUUGAUUUUUUCAAUCAAAUCAACAUGUUAUACGGUACCAUCACAGAAUUCUGUACAGAGGAAAGUUGUCCCAUCAUGUCAGCCGGACCGAAAUACGAAUACCACUGGGCCGAUGGUCACACGGUGAAAAAGCCUAUCAAAUGCUCAGCACCCAAAUACAUAGACUACUUAAUGACCUGGGUGCAGGAUCAAUUGGACGACGAGACUCUAUUUCCAUCCAAAAUCGGAGUUCCUUUCCCCAAGAAUUUCUUAUCUAUUGCAAAAACUAUUCUGAAGCGGUUAUUCAGAGUAUAUGCUCACAUCUAUCAUCAACAUUUUAGUGAAGUCGUGCAGCUCGGUGAAGAGGCGCAUUUAAAUACGUCGUUCAAGCAUUUCAUAUUUUUCGUUCAGGAAUUUAAUUUGAUCGAGAGAAGAGAAUUGGCACCUUUGCAGGAGUUAAUAGAGAAACUGACGGCGAAAGACGCACGAUGAGUCCGUCUACCGUCUACGAGCCACUCGUCCUCUCGAAACUUUUCCAAAGAAUCUCUCAACCAUGCUAUCUUCGCUAACCCGCACAUAUAAUUACAUUAUUUAAACUGAUCUAUUAAUCGCUAACUCCACGAUCUGCCUCUGUUUGGAAAAACUAGCGGCAAAAACGUGUCACCGUUUCGGAAACAAGCGACUGAUAACGCGAGAAAAUGCCUACAGUGUUCGCUCUGAAACCUCAUUCUUCUCUGACGGCGCAUAGAUAUAUUCUGUAUAUUCACUACGUGCAUACACACAUACAAAAAGAGAGAGAAAAAACUUAGCGAGUGGAUAAGGACAACGAGACGGAAGUUAUGAGACGGCGCGUUCGACUUUGUGACUCGGUUUUCUCCAAACGUUCUCUAAGCACGUUUCAAUCGUAAUUUAUCAAUUGCACUGCUGAUACAGAAAGGAGAGAUGAUUCAUGUUUAAGUACAAAGUGCACAUUUCGAGGAAAAGAAUUCGAAAAUGCUAGAUACACGCGUCUCUUCGCAAGCGAACAAGAUUAAUCGUAAUGCUCGUGGAUAUUUUGCAAUUUUGUUAUUAUCUGCUGCUCUACUAUCGGAUGUAAAAAUACUGUCGCUAUUAUAUCUGUAGAAAUUACCGAUGCUUCGUACGGCUAUGUACGAAUGCGACGGCAUAUCGUGAAUUUCGUAUGGUUACUUUUACGUUUAGGAAUAGUUUUGUAGACAAUUAUUUCCUAUCAUUUCUCGGAUUAGCAUCCCGUAUUUCUUAUCGAGAAACUGCACAUUGUUGAUAUAAUAACAUAUUAUAUAUAUAGUGCCGUUAAAAAGGAAAGAAGAGUUAACGCGCAAUGCUAUCGCAUCAUUAUGUAACGACUACUUUAAGAUAUCGUCCUGUUAAGCGCUUAUAGACUUAUUUAUACGACUAGGGUUUUUGUAUGCGUUUUAUCUCCGUAGAAAGUGAUAUUUCCUGCUUCAGACGCUUUUCAGAUACCGGUAGUUAGACCGUUUAUAUCGUCUUACUGCAAUUUCUCGUGUAAUUCUCGUCAAUUUUUAAUUUCCGUUUUCUAGGAAUUAAUGUUAUGAACGUCAUCGAUAAAAAAACUAUCACAUGUCUUUGUUCCGUGAAUGUCGUGAAUGAUGUAACGUAAUAUUUCACUGACUCAUGUUUAUCUUCGUCUGUCUCCGCCUAAUUGAAUUUAUGCUGCAUUAAUGAAUGAUAGAUUUCUAGCAGCACUUUAAUCGUCCACAAAGUUCGAAUCCGCAACGUUCGACUUCGAAUACUUUUUUUUUAGUCGGUACUUAAUAGCGAUUUUAUAUCUCGGGUUAAAAGUGCGUUGCGAGUUGCAAGUGUCGAGUUAUCUUCAAUAAUUGAUCAACAUCGCCGACAGUUAUCGCCACUUAUAUAUGGCCCGAUUCGUUAUGAACGUAUUAAGUAAUUCGUCGUUUUUUUCGACAUGUUACGCGUGCGAUAAUAAAUGAAAUCUUUAGGAAAUUCCAAAGUGCUGAGAAAAAAGUUUUAAAAAGGAAAACAUAUUUUUUUCAUUGCAGUAGACGUUAAGAGUUCGAUCGCGUGAACCUCGUAUAUAUGUAUACGUAUACACAAAUCGCAUAUACAUAUAUUGAUGUAUUUUAUUAUAACGACACAAGAUAGUGAUUAACGGCAGCGAAAUAAGGUGAUAACGCCGUGAAACGAAGACGGUGCGUAUAUACGAUGAAUGUAGACAUAAAUGAUAAUGAUAGUAACAGUAAUAUUGUAUUCGGUACUUAAGGAAAGAUAGUAAAACGUAGUGAGAGCGAGAGUAAAAAAAAACCAGCUCGCAUUUGCCUGCGUUCUUCAGAGAUCGUUAGAAAUAGCGUCCGUUUGUGAUUGCGAUGGACGAUAGUCUUCUACUAGAGAACUACGUUCUCGACGAUCCAACCGACUACAGAUGGCUAUUUUUUAUCUUAUACGCGUUUAUACGAGUAUUAGUGAUUCUCUCGACGCCAACCCGCAACUGCUAUCCAUUCGUGAUGUUUAGACGCUUACCUUAGCAACGUUCCCGAUCGGAGAACACUCUCUCCCUUUCCUCUUGAGCAACUUUCCGCGGCGCGAGUGCCUCAAACGCGACACUGUCCGACACGGUCGUGCAAAAAAAAAACCUGAUAUUCUGCAAAUAUGUUAGAAGUUAUUUUAAAACGUUACGCACGAAAAAUUAGCAAAAGAUUAAAACUGCGCCGAAAGAACUGAACUGACGAGGAUAAGUUCUCGAGUAUUCGCGCAAGUUCUUUUAUAGAUCUCUAUUAGAUAUAAAGAAAGUAAGUUUUCGAGGAAAUUUUCAAAUUCUUAACUGAACAUCUCGAGGGAGAAAGAUGUUUGUCUUUCAAGAUUGUUCCUCAUUUUCGGCUCUUUUAGCGUUAAAAUUAUGUAUUAAAAUUAUGCUAAGUAAUUUGUUGAGGGUGAACGUACGCAAGGUGAAAAUUUAACACGAGAUUUGUAGAGGCCGAUUCGGUGGUUCUGAUAAUCUGAUCGGUCGAGUUGCGAAUACGAAUGAUAACUCGAUCGCAUCGGGUGGAAGGACCAUAUUUAUGCUAGAAAUCCUCUCGAGAGCAUUUCUUUAUAGAGAAGACGAUCGUGUUGAGAUGAGGUUGUAUUCUCUUCGUUCGGAACGGCCUUUUCGCGGAGAGUUCUCAGCGACCAACUUUCCGCUCGUUUGAUAGUAACGCUAGUGAUAUAUGUGCAAUGUAAAUAAUAUUUUUCACAUUAAACAGGAAAACCCCGGCGUCCUAAUCAUGGCGCAUGGACCGCGUCUAAAAUGUUUAUAGUCCUGAAUAUAAUCUUGUAAUCUUUCUGUAAUAAAUAUCGUUCCGAUUGUA